GCACCUGCGCCAGCACGGCGUCACCCACUCAGGGGCGCGCCCCUUCCAGUGCGUGCGCUGCCAGCGCGAGUUCAAGCGCCUGGCCGACCUGGCGCGCCACGCACAGGUGCACGCGGGGGGCCCGGCCCCGCACCUCUGUCCUCGGUGCCCACGGCGCUUCUCACGCGCCUACAGCCUCCUGCGCCACCAGCGGUGCCACCGCGCCGAGCUGGAGCUGGAGAGGGUGGCCGCGCUGCAGGCCGCGCAGUCGCCGCUGCCGGAGCAGGAGGCUGAGGGGGUCCCACUGCCCCUUGCGCGCAUCAAGGAGGAGCCGCCCUCCCCGGGAACCCCACCGCAGUCCCCGGGAGCGCCCCCUGUCUUCCUCAGCGCCUCCUGCUUUGACAGCCAAGACCACUCAGCCUUCAAGAUGGAGGAGGACGAGGUGGACAGCAAAGCCCACCUGCGCGGCUUGGGGGGCCUGGCCUCCUGACCCGCAUGGCCCCUCCGCCCUCCAUGGGAGACCCCGGUUUGCAGUGGAAAGAAAGGACCCCCUGCACCGCCACCCUUGAGCCCUGGCCCUAGGAGCGGAGGCCCCGGGCCGCCCCCACCCCUCGCCCUCCCCAGACCCCGAUGCCGCCCCGGUGCGUCUUCAGGCAGGAGGACUUGGAAGGGGAGGCGGAGGACGCUAGGCCAGAGGGAGGCGGGAGGUGCUUUGCCCGGCCGGCCGGUCCCCGUGACACACACUGGACAUCACCUCUUCGGAUCGGCCCGCAGGGCGUUCCCGUGAGCGAAGGUCUGACCCUGUCCCUCUGUCUGUGAAUAAAUGUGAGCUGGUGAA